GACCCAUUUGCGAAGGCGAAGUGUUGCCAUUUGCUGUUUCAUCUUAUAUCCGAAGGCUUUGGGACAGAAGCAGAUAUUAUCAAAUUCGAUCAGCUGGUAACAAAUGCGGGUGAGAAGGAGAAGAUUUUGAACAGUGAGCUCGAGAAAAAUCCGCGAAAUAUCUUCCUUUUGUGGAUGCUGCUUCGUUUCAAGAUCAAGUCCAAUCCCGAAGAUCUGAAAGCAAUCCACGAACUCUUCAAGAGAGCCACUGAAGAGAUGUGCGAAGGAAAUCACGUUGGAGCUGAUAUUUAUAAACUGAUAAUCGAUUGGGCAAUUUGCUACUCAAAGGAGCACGUGCCUGAUUAUUUUGCGCAAGCAGCUUUUCGCUCACCGCCGCUUAUCGCCUGUGAAAUGCGAGCUCUGCAUUUGUGCUAUCUUUCUUCUGUUUGUCCGAACAAACCGGAUUUAUACCGGGAAACAUAUUUCAAAUAUACACAGUAUCCGCCAAACAGGUAA